AAGCCCCGCCCUUUUUUCCCCGCGCCGUGACGUCAGAGGCGGCGCCCGCGCCCGCGCGCGGGGAGGCCGGGAACGAUGGAGGCGGCGGGAGGCGGCGAGGACGCCCCCGGCGGGACCCUUGUGGUGGAGGCGGUGGGAGACCCCGGGCUCCCCCCCAGCAGCCCCCCUCCCCCCGAGCCCCCCCUGAGCGGGGGAACCCCCCCCGGUGUGGGGGGUGCCCCCCCCGAGGAGGAGCACGGGGGGAUCCAGGCGUCCGGGGGCGGCCGAGAGGGUGGGGGGGGGCCCCCCGAGGGGGAGGGGCCGCAGGGGGCCCCCCCGGCCGGCGCCAGCCCCAAGGGGCUGCCAGGCCACGCGACGAAGACGCUGCCGGGGUCCCCAGGGCGGGGGGCGGUUGGGGGUCCCCCCCUGGCCCCCCCAAGCCGGGCCAAGAUGUCCCUGACGGGGGCGGGGAAGUCCCCACCGGGGCAGAGCCUGGCCCUGCGGCUCCUCAGCCUCCCCGGGGGGCGGCCCCCCCCCGCCACCUCCCCCCCGGCCCCCCCCGAGCCUCCCCCGGCCCCCCCUGAGCCCCCGGCGCGCCCCAAGGUCCACCGGGCCCGCAAGACCAUGGCCAAGCCCAGCAACGGACAGCUCCCCGAGAAGCGGGUGUCGGAGAUGCUGCACUUCAGGGUGUCGGAUGAGCUGCGCAGCAUCGAAGAGCCUGAGCCCCCCAAACGCCCCAAGCUGGAUUACGGCCCCGAGGGGCUGCACAAGCGGCUGCAGAGACCCAGCCCCCGUGCCAGCACCGAGAUCACGGUGACGGAGGAGAUGGCCGCCCCCCCCCGCGGCGCCCGCCCCAGCGACGACUGGGACAGCGAAGGCGGCGGCGGCUUCUCCCUCUUCUACGACGGCUUCAGCGUGGACGGGCACGGGGACUCGGACAGCAAGUCGGAGGGUGAGGGGGCCGGCGAGGUGCUGAGUGAGGAGGAGGAGGAGGAGGAGGAGGAAGAAGACGAGGACGAGGAGGAGGAGGAGGACGAGGAGGAAGAGGAGGAGGACGAGGAGUCGGGCAACGCCUCGGACCGGAGCGCCUCCAGUGCCCGGCGCCGCGCCCGGCGCCGCUGGAAGGAGAGUCCGUGGCUGAAACCGGCGCGGAAGCGGAAGCGGAAGGAGCCGCGGGGCAAGGAGAGAGGUGGGGUGUGGGGAGGGGGGGGGGCCCCCCCCAGCGAAUACACCGAGGUGCCCCUGGGCUGCCUGCAGCUGCCGGGGGGCGGAGCCCUCUCCCCCCAGCCCCCAGGGCCGGCAGGGGGGCUGGGGGCGCUGGAGGCCGAGCGCUUCGAGGAGCUGCCGCUGUGCUCCUGCCGCAUGGAGGCCCCCAAGGUGGAGCGGGGCGGCGAGGGGGCGCGGGGGGUCUGCAUGGCCACCGAGAGCGUCGACGGGCAGCUGAGCGGCUGCGGCAGCAGCAUCCUGAAGCGGGAGACGAUGCGCCCCUCGAGCCGGGUGCCCCUGAUGGUGCUGUGCGAGAGCCACCGCGCCCGCAUGGUCAAGCACCACUGCUGCCCCGGCUGCGGCUACUUCUGCACCGCCGGGACCUUCCUGGAGUGCCACCCCGACGUGCGCAUCGGGCACCGCUUCCACCGCGGCUGCGUCUCGCAGCUCAACGGGAUGAUUUUCUGCCCCCACUGCGGGGAAGACGCCUCCGAGGCGCAGGAGGUGACCCUGCCCCGCACCGAGGGGGCCCCCCCGGCCCCCGCCGCCCCCCCCGAGCCCCGCCGACGCGCCCCCGCCCCCCGCGCCGAUGCCCCCACCCCCAGCGCGCGGAUGCGGGGGCAGGGCGAGGGCCGGGCGCCCCCCCCGGACCCCCGGGCCGAGCCCAUCGACAGCUCGGGGGGGCCGGCGCUGGCCCUGCCCUCGGGGGGGGCCCUCUCGGCGCGGGGGCUGGCGCCGGGGCCCGCCCGCGACCUGCUGGAGAAGGCGCUGGUGGGGCAGGAGGCCGAGAGGCGGAAGAAGCUGCGCUUCCACCCCCGCCAGCUCUACGUCUCCGUCAAGCAGGGGGAGCUGCAGAAGGUCGUUCUCAUGCUGCUGGACAACUUGGACCCCAACUUCCAGAGCGACGCCCAGAGCAAGCGCACCCCCCUGCACGCGGCGGCGCAGAAGGGGUACCUCGAAAUCUGCCACCUCCUGCUGCAGGCCGGCGCCAACAUCAACGCGACGGACAAGCUGCGCCGGACGCCGCUGAUGGAGGCGGUGGCCAACAACCACGUGGAGACGGCGCGGUACAUGGUGCGGCGCGGGGGCUGCGUGUACAGCAAGGAGGAGGACGGCUCCACCUGCCUCCACCACGCCGCCAAGAACGGCAACCUGGAGAUGGUCGACCUGCUGCUCUCCACCGGGCAGGUGGACGUCAACGCCCAGGACAACGGCGGGUGGACCCCCAUCAUCUGGGCGGCCGAGCACAAGCACAUCGAGGUGAUCCGCCGGCUGCUGACGCGCGGCGCCGACGU